AUGCGUUUGUUACUGUACCUUCCGUUACUCGCAAGCACUGCCUUUGCUGGCAGCUGCCCCUACAUGAGUGGUGAAAUGGGAAAGCGCGAUGAUGCCGCCCUCAGAGAGACCACCGAACAGACUGAAGAGUUUAUGGGUCAAUUCAAGCUCAACGACGAGCAAGGCUUCGUGACCACCGAUUGGGGUACUCCCAUUGAUGACCUUACGAGUCUGAAGGCCGGUGCUAGGGGUCCUACCUUGUUGGAAGACUUUGCAUUCAGGCAGAAGAUGCAGAGAUUUGAUCAUGAAAGAGUAAGCUCUUUCUCACUCCAUGAGCCAUCCAGGCGAUCGAUGGCUAAUUGUCGUACAGNNAUUCCUGAGCGUGUUGUUCAUGCUCGUGGUGCAGGUGUCCAUGGUGUCUUUGAAUCUUAUGGCAACUUUUCCAACAUCACUGCCGCAAGUUUCCUUGCAGAGGAGGGCAAGAAGACACCCACUUUCGUGCGUUUCUCUACCGUCAUUGGUGAGAGAGGAAGCGGAGACGCCGCUAGAGAUGUCAGAGGUUUCGCAACUCGCUUCUACACUGACGCAGGUAACCUGGAUAUUGUUGGUAUCAACCUGCCAAUCUUCUUCAUCCAGGAUGCUAUGCAGUUCCCAGAUAUGGUUCACGCUCUGAAGCCUCAGCCCGACAAGCAAAUUCCCCAAGCUGCUACUGCCCAUGAUACUGCCUAUGAUUUCUUCUCACAGCAACCAAGCACCUUGAACAUGCUUAUGCUCAUCAUGUCGGGUUACUCUCUGCCUCGUUCAUACCGCCACAUGAGUGGCUUUGGUGUUCACACUAUGCGUAUGGUGACUGAAGAAGGAGAUAGCAAGCUCAUCAGAUGGCACUGGAAGUCCAAGCAGGGCACUGCAAGUCUUUUGUGGGAAGAAGCUCAAGCCAUUAACGGAAAGAACCCUGACUACCACCGUAAGGACCUGUGGGACGCUAUUGAGAAUGGAGCCUACCCUGAGUAUGAGCUCGGUGUUCAGAUCAUGGACGAAGACCAACAACUGGCAUUCGGCUUUGAUGUCCUGGACGCUACCAAAUGGAUCCCCGAGGAGCUUGUUCCUAUUACGAUCCUCGGAAAAAUGACUCUGAACGCAAACCCGACAAACUACUUUGCCGAGACUGAGAGCAUCGGUUUCCAGCCUGGACACGUUGUCAGAGGUAUUGACUUCAGCGAGGAUCCUCUGUUGCAAGGUCGCCUGUUCUCCUACUUGGAUACUCAGGUCAACAGACAAGGCAUCAACUUCGAACAGCUUCCUAUCAACCGUCCUCGUAUCCCGAUCCACAACAACAACCGCGAUGGUCGUGGACAGCAGUACAUUCCUACCAACAACUACGCCUACUCUCCCAACUCGCUUAACAAUGGCUUCNCUAAGCAGGCCAACCAGACUGUUGGCAAGGGUUUCUUCACCGCACCUGACCGUCGCUUGACCGGUGCAUUCACUCGCGAACUCUCGCCUACCUUCAACGAUCACUGGUCACAAGCACGUAUGGUCUGGAAUUCGGUCAGUGCUGCAGAGAAGCAAAUCGUUGUCAACAGUCUGCGCUUCGAAGUCAGCCAAGUUCAGUCGCAAGUCGUCAAGCAAAACUUCAUCAUCCAACUUAACAGGAUCUCUCACGAUCUUGCUUCCCGCGUUGCCGCUGCUUUGGUAGAUGUCGUUGUCCCCGAGCCUGACAAUACUUUCUACAACUCCAACAGCUCUGCUCACAUCUCCAUUUUCAACACCACUCUACCCACCAUCAAGGGCCUUAACAUGGGUAUCCUGGCUUCGACAUCGUCUAAUGCUUCGAUGGCUCAGGCUGCACAAUUGAGCAGAUCUUUCGCAGCUCAAGGCCUCUUCGUCAGCAUCGUCGCCGAGUCCCUUCAACCUUCCGUCAAUGUGACUUACUCGGCUGCUGACGCCCACGCUNUUGACGCCAUCGUCGUGACAGCAGACGCAGAAGCAAUCUUCACGGGUGAUAAGACCUCGCCUCUCUACCCUCUCAACCGCCCCAUAGAACUCCUCAAGAACGCUUAUGGCUGGGGUAAACCCAUCGGUGCUGUGGGAGUGGGCAGAAAGGCUUUGGAUGUCGCCGGCAUUGAACAGCGUGCUGGUGUUUACUUUGCCAAUGGAACUGCCGAAGCUCUUGAGAGCUUCAAGUGCGGUCUUACCACUUUUAGAUUCUUGGAUAGGUUCCCGAUGGACGAGUAA